AUGAAAAAGGAAAGCGGGGAUAAAAACGUGUCACGCUAUUUCACGUGCAAUGGGGUUAACGCGACUCAUAUUAGAUUUGUGUACUCUGUGGACGACGUCGCGCAACGUGACUUGCCCAGUUACAAGCCAACCCAUUGCCACCAAGUGUACAAUUCCGACGAAACAAUAUUCGGAUAUCGCAGUUUGUCCGUCGAUAUUUACUACAACGCACUCACGAUGAACUGUUUACUCGACAUUCGAUAUUUGAAGAAAGUGAAAGAAGACGCUCAUACAAAAGCAGACAACAUAGAGAAGAUGCUGAGUCCUUGGUUACCGAAGGGAUAUACUAAAGAUAAGAAAAAAUUCGUAACAAAAAUGCAAAAACAGAACUCUAAGUUGCUAGGAGUCGUUCGAGAGAGUUUUCGAAAAAAUAUAGCUGGCCGAGGAAGAUGCGACUUCAAAAUUACAGAAAUUGAUACAAACGACCCGGAUUUUCGGGAUUUACAUCAAAGAUUCCAGAGUGUUAUAGUUUGGUACAUUGAUGCCGCGAGUUUCAUAGAUCUCAGUGAUCCCAAGUGGUUGAUCUUCUACCUGUACGAGUACAGAAAUCGUGAAUAUUAUCCAGUGGGAUUUUGCACGAUCUAUCAGUUCUACAAACAUCCUGGAAAGAUAAGAGCACGAAUUUCGCAAUUCCUGAUUCUGCCUUCACAUCAAAGGGCAGGAUUGGGAACAAGACUUCUCAAAGCAGUGUAUAGAACAUUUUGGGAACGACAAAAUAUCGCAGACAUAACAGUGGAAGAUCCAUCCCUGGGAUUCCAACGGAUGAGGGACAUUGUGGACUGUAACCUGUUGUGUGAACUUUACCAAUUUAGCAAUUUGUACGUGUUGAAGCACACGUUUUGUAGAAAUACCGCCGAAAGUGCCGAAAACAGAAGAGUUAAGCAAAGACUGAAAUGGCCAUACGAGCGAGACAUGCGCGUUUUUAAAAGGAAAAAUUUCGGUUUUUACCACAAAUCUUUACUGAAUCAGAGACCGCUCUAUGCGAAACCGUCAGAAGUUAUCGACAAGCAGUUUAAGAAGUAUCUUGAUGAGAUAUUUCCAAUUGUACUCAAAUUAGAGAAGAUGAACGGGGGUGAAGUUGUUAA